GCCACGUGGCGUGGUGUUUCUAAACUGCCCAAAUACAAAUCGCUUCUGGGUCAUCUGGACGAUUCACCAGAAUUGCAUUCGGCCCCCAAGAGUACCGGGAUGGAUGAUAACCGGGGCCAAGUGGAUCGACACUCCUCUCAUAGUGAAAGUAAAUCCGAGGCCGGGGGUAAAACACGACGUCUUCAAUGGUAUCCGACUCGUCCGUUGCAUCGUGUGAUCCCACGUUUACAUCGGGCACCACAUUCGGAAUCGUUGGCUUUGCAAUUGCUUCAGCUUCCCCCAAGCAAACGUAUCAGUGCUCGGGCUGCAAUGCGUACCCCGUACUUUUCUGCCGUUUUGCCUACCGCACAGUUGGCCUGUUUGCCGGACACCACAUCGAUUUUCGAAAUCCCCACAAUUCGCAUGAUUUCCGAAUCUUCCGACAAGAGCCAGAAAGGCGAGUACAGUCGAUUGUUUAGCCGUCAGUAUCCGCGAGGCUCUCGUCGAUCCCGAUCACAAUACGAUGAUUUUGACGAUGUGGAACGAAGUCAUGAGACGAAAACGGAAGUGGACGAAGACGAUGAAGAUGUGGAUGGAUUGGACGAUGAGAAUGAGGAUUCCACUUCGCUCAGUCAGUUUGUUCAUGCCGAAGUGAAUGAAAGUGUUCAUGGUGAGGCACACGGACGCUGGCACCGAGCUGCACCGUUGCGUACGGAUAAUCGUAACGUGACGAAACCAGUUGUGCCUUGUUCCUCCUCGAUGACCACAUCAUCGGAUGCACCAUCCUCGAAUACUCAACCGGACUAUGUGACCGCCUGUACAAACAAUAAUCAGCAUAAUGGAACUUUCCAGGUGUGUCAUAACAAAGCUCUGUACCAUCCUUGGUUGAUGGCCGAAUGUGAAGCGACUAGGAAUGGACAUCCCCGGCGUCUGUAUGCCUCACGCGCUUACGAAUCCGCGGAUGCGAUAAUUCAAGCCGUACCAGUUGAGAGUCCCAAGAUGCCAAUCCGAUCUCGCCCCAGUGGUGCAGCAGAUUCGAGCGAACAUGUUCCGGUGAAAUUUUUCCCCUCCAGCUUCGAUCAUGCACCCGUCAAAAGUUACAAGACCCAAGGCAGCGUGAAGUCCGCCGUGAGCACAGUUGGAGACCAGAGCCCGUCGACAAGCAAUGGAUCCACUUUUCAUACAGUUUCGAAUGCACCCGGUCCCUCACCCGCUCAUCUUACCCAGUCACCUUCAUUUCAUACUGUUUUCGGUGGAACCGGUUGCGUUGGCAGCGGUGUGGGUGGUGGAGGUGGUACUGAAUCUUCCGGAUUCACCAGUCCAUUAUCAGUUCAAAACCCGGCACGAAUACCUCCGAGUACUCUCCUGACUGCCUAUCAUCCGUACCUUUAUCCGACAGAAUAUUGUUUUCCGUACGUGCCAGCUGAUAUUUCUCAAAUGAAUGCCUCAUUAUUCUAUGCGGCCGCAUCACAAGUCUCUAGUGCCUCAGGUCCCAGUGGCCCACUAAUAGAAGAACGUCGAACUGCCGCGGCAGCAGUGGCUGCCGCUGCGGCCGCCGCAGCUGCCUCGGCUGCUGCUGCAGCCGCAGCAAGCUUGUAUCAUCAUCCACCGAACGCCAACCCAGAGUUGAUCGCACCGCCUUUGCCUUCUCGAUGUCCACUGACUACCAGUUGCACGUCGACAGCCUCCGGAGCAACUAGUGCUACCAAACCGCGAGGUAGUGAGACCAGUCAGACCACAAACGCCUAUCCAUCAACGUGUGCAUUUGGCCCGACCGGUUAUAUGUGUGCAUAUCUGAUGCCAUCAGGCACCGGAACCGGCGCUCCCCACAAUAGUAGUUAUUGGCCUCGAACGAUUGUUCCUCCAGCCUACACCAAUCCUGAUCCUCGGCUAUGUACCAUGUAUCAGUCUAUGUUGUCCAGUGGUCCUCCAGGUACACUGAUGGAAAUGUCUGCUACUGGGGAGAGCGGGGACACACUCAAACGCCCAGUUUCCAAUCAGCCACAAGGUAGCACUGCUUCUCCGGCUGAUCACACAUCUACACAAUCUUCUUCCGGUCCUUCUAAAGCAGUACGUGAUCAAGAUGGUGACACAGAACAGGAACAGUCGAGGGGAAUCACGGAACCAUCGGUCAGUUCCGGACCAUUGUCAGAGUCGGCAACUGCUAUCGAGAAACCCACACAUCCACCAUCUUAUCAAGAAGUUGCACAGUGGAUGCAGUCUGUUGCAGCCCACACGCAUUCCAUACCACACACAUCGUGCUACGGAACAAAUUCUACCUUUGGUGGUGGUACGGGAGGGACAGCAGAUGGUUCCAUUCCUCAUUGGAUGGUGUUUUUACCUUAUCAGCCUCCUGGUGCGGUCAAACAGUGUACGCACAAGACCUCGUUUAUACUGGAUUGGAGCGCAACUCCCAAAAUGCAUAUACUGACCGGUCCAGCACAAAAUCAGCUGUUCCCUGGAAACGCUUUCAUCCGUUAUCCGGUGGACGCGACCGGGGAUCAUCACUUCUGUGCCGAGGGUCUAAUCGAUUCACGUUAUCGUUGGCCAAUAGGUGGUCUGAGCCGGGACAAUUAUCCGCACGGUUUCAUCCAGCAUCCGGCAGAUCGAUCAUCCAUGACAUACGCCUAUCGACCGUCACCACUUGCACGUCCAGAUUAUCGUGAGACAACAGCAAAAAAGCGACCCGCCUCGGCUUGUAACGUCCAAUAUCCAUCUAGUCAAAUGUCCUACAGCAGUUACGGUUCUAUUGCUGGUUAUUCAGAUCAAGGUGUGCCGGAAGAUGUCUCGCCGGAGCACAUUCUAUCCAAAUCCAGCGGGCAUAUGAAGUCGUCCGUUGUAAUGCCACCGCUACCUGGCUGGUUUCCACCGGAUGAUGUCAUUCCUAAGCUGCGCGUAAAUCGUAGCCUGAGUUUCACCUCACCGGAAAUGUUGCAACUUGAUCCGGGAACAAUACCGUCGAAAAAAGUCUCAAGCAAAUUAAUUCCUGGACCUUAUCAACGACUUCCUCGGUCACAUGCCUAUUAUCCGGCCAACCAUUAUUGUUCCUUAGCAGCUGCCGCAGCCGCGGGCUAUGUACCAACCUCCACGGUCCCGUCCAACACGGACUCUCAAGAGGAUCCUCCGGGUCCUAGUUCAGACACAGUGAGUCCAGCGAUGGAUAGUGAUAGUCUGCCCGCCCCGCCACCGGCAUUUUUUUGUUCCCACAGGGGUAACUCUCCCACUGGUGACCCCCAGUUAGAAAUCUCAUCGAGCAAGGAAUGA